GAUGCGAUUUCUUGCAUUGUGACUAAAGUUGCGUCCCGUUUCAGCUCAACAUGGAGCCAUAGCCUACUUUUGUUUCUAAAUAGGCCUACAGGACGAUUCCGUAUUUCAAGGGACAGUUGGUAACCCUAGCUACACUCCUCUGGUCGUGAAUUGAGCAAGUCAACAGAGACACCAUGCCGGUCUUCUACACGCCUCUUCCCAGGAAUAUCCGUAUGGGCCUGGCCAACCUGAGUGGCUCAGUGUUUGCCAACAACAGGACGAGGGACACCAGCGACUUCAGGGACAAUAGUGACAAAGCAGAUAAUGAGGUGGUGGCCCACCUGCCUCUGCAGAUGCUGAUGUACUUCAAUAUGUACUUCUACCCCUUCUGGUUUAUCUCGGAGGUGGUCAUGCUCGACUUAAAAUUUCCACUACUGCCAGCCUACUACCAGUCUCUUAUGAUAACGGGGGUGGUCCUCCUAACCAUCUUUGAGAUCUUGAGAAUAUACCUGGGCUAUGUUGGCAACCUAGAGGAGAAGGUGCCGGAGCUGGCCGGCUUCUGGCUGCUCACCUUCUUCUUCACGCUGCCCAUCCUCCUCUUCUUCGCCACGGACGAGGGCCUCCUGAUCGCCCCGCUGGAGCGCGCCGUGCACGCCAUCUACCUGCUCUUCGUGCUGAGCGAGACGCUGGCCUCCUUCCUGGCGCUGCGCAACAUGAGCCGCAAGCUCACGCUGCAGUUCCACCUGCGCCAGUUCGCCGAGGUGCAGAGCCUGCACCCCGUGGACAUGGCCACCACCUUCGCCAGCUCCUACUACGGCCGCACCGUGCUGCCCAUGCCAGCAGGGGGCGCCGGUGGUGUUGCCACCAUGAGGAGUGCUGUGUCCUCGGCUCUUGCAGACGACAUCCCGAUGUAUUGA